GCAUUGUUUGUUUAUCGAUGUGAUUUAGCGUUCCCUAACAACGGAGAGUCCAGUGCCAAUUUUAAGCGGUGGGCCCAAGCUCACUGUAAGAUAAUUACAGAGGCAACUAAGAGUGAAAACCACAAGUCGUCAUGGGAUGCGGAUCUUCACGCAGUUACCCGUACGAGGUCAGUCAGCAAUGGGAAUCCGUAGAGAAAACAAUAGAGUCAAGGGGUCGCCAAAAUCGGGUCACCAUUAGGCGAUCAGGCUGGAAGACGGUCAGAGUAUUUGUGUCAUCCACUUUCCGGGACUUCCAUUCAGAGAGGGACGUCUUGGUCAAAGAGGUUUUCCCAGACUUACGAGAGUGGUGCGAGAAGAGAAGACUACAUCUUGUAGAGUGUGAUCUCAGAUGGGGAGUACCAAAGGACACUACGACCGAAGAAACUCUUAGAACAUGCCUGAGUGAGAUUGAUAGAUGCUAUCAAGAAAACAUCAUGCCCUUCUUUCUCAACAUGACGAGUGAACGAUGUGGAUGGAUCCCAGGCCUAGAGGAAGUGCCCUCUAGUGUUGUGAGUGAUUAUCGCUGGAUUCAUGGUCUCUCCAUUACAGAGAUGGAGAUCAUGCAUGGCGCCUAUCGGAAAGAGAACCCAAACUCCCUCUUUGCCCUGCGAGAUGAUUCCUUCAUCGACCAGAUACCUCAGAAUUAUCGAGAGGAGUUUGUGGAUAGCAACCCCAUAGCAACCCACAAACUCAAGAUGCUCAAAGAGAUGCUGCAAACCAGAUUUGGGAUGGAUAAGGUCUUCAAGUACUCCUGCUCAUACAAUGGCAUUGAUAUUGAUUCUGGUAAGGUGGAGCUGGAUGGCCUGGAUGACUUCAAGGUCAAGGUGUUUGACUUCUUCAAGAAGGCUGUUGCUGAGCAGUAUCCCUUGGAUGAGAGCAGACAGCUGGAUCCCUAUGAGCAAGACAAAGAAGCACAUGAAUCCUUUAUGAAGAGUAGGAGUAGCAUCCUCUUAGGACGCAAGGAUAUCCUGGAAAAGAUUGAAUCCUACAUCCUGGACAAGGAGAAGUGUAGCGCCCUCAUCCUUCUCGGUGGGCCAGGUAGCGGCAAAUCUUCUCUGCUAGCCAGGGUUGCUGAUGUAGCUUGCUUGAGGGCCGCCAAGGGAGAAAUACCCAGUGGGCAGGGACCUUGGAACAUAUUCUAUCACUUUGUCGGUGCCAUCCCAGGAUCCACUAAUCCAGAGAAAAUGAUCAAAAGACUUCUCAGAGAACUCAAAGUCUGUAAUGACUCUAACAUGCCCAAGGACUAUGAAUCAGCAUGCCAGAUUGCAAGCAGUGCCCUCUCAAACCCAAACACAAAGCCAACAAUCAUCGUCAUUGAUGCUCUCAACCAGCUUGAUGAGGACAGAACGGCUUCCACCUUAAGAUGGUUGCCAUCCAAACUAGCACCCCAGGUACGUUGCGUCUUCUCCAUGAUCAACGAGACUCCGCCUCAUCGUAUGCUGAGAGAGAGGAAGAUCAAACCGGUGGAGCUACCUGUCACCCCACUGGACAUGGAAUCUAGAAGGGAGAUUGUCUCGGAGAUACUAGGUCAGUUCAACAAGCGUCUGGACGAGGAACAGAUGGUGAGUCUUCUUAGCAAGGAAGCAUCUCAGAACCCUCUGUGGUUGUCCAUCGCUUGUGAAGAGCUCCGAGUCUACGGUGUCUUCGCUAAGGUCACAGACAAAAUCAACACCCUGGCAGAUGGUCUUCUAGAGCUCCUGGCCCAAGUCUUGGAGAGGUUUGAAGAUGAGAGUGGAGGGAGCCUGAUGGUAGCCACCCUGUGUCUCCUGGAGUGCUCCUCCUCGGGUCUCCUGGAGGCUGAGCUCCUGGCCAUCCUUGGAGAUGAGGAUAACCUGAUGCCUUCUGAUGACGGAGAGAACAACAAGGAAAAAGGUGCCAGCGAGAAGAGGGAGAAGUCCAACAAGCUCCAGCCGCUACCCGCCGUCAAGUGGGCCCGGGUCUACCGCGCCCUUCGACCUUUCCUGCGACCCUUCGGGGACAGCGGGGAGGGGCGGCUCGACUUCUACCACCGCUCCCUCAGCAAGGCCAUCAGAAAGAAGUAUUUCAAUGCCCGGCUCGCUGGGGAAGGAGAGGGUGGUGAAGAAGAGGAGGAGGGGGCAGCCAUGAACGAGACUCUUGUACGCUGGUGGAACACAAAACUGGCCGAUUACUUUGAAAAUGUGUCCAAUCUAGAGAGGAAAGUUGAGGAAUACCCUUAUCAACUGAUCAAGCUAGGAAACGAGAAGCGUUUGACUGAAUGCAUCUGUGAUUGGGAUAUGAUCGAGGGUCUGUAUAAUGAAGACUACAGCUCGCAGCUUCUGUCUUACUGGAGAAAGAUGGAUGAGAAGUAUGAUACGAUGGCUUCUAAAUACACAGAGAUGAGUGCCGCUAUGUCUAUUGAUGAUCCUAAAAAAACUGCAGAUAAACUCAGCUGCCUUGCACACACUCUCACACAGGCAGGCCAGUACAAAGCAGCUCAGGGCAUUAUUAAUAAAGUUCUUGAAAUAGAGACUGAGCAACUGGAUUCGGAACCAGAGAGACUCGUGGAGCUUUAUGACUUGUGCGGGGAACUCUUUGAUGAGAUCGCCAAGCUGCAUGAUUUCAUCACGAGAGAACAGAUCUCUGACUUGAGACCUGCCAUUGACUACUGCAGGAAGGCUGUCGCAAUAAGAGAAACAUUAGAGGGACCCUCUCACAAGUUCAGAUUGGCAAACACGCUGAUGCGCCUUGCUUUCGGCCUGAAUACUUGGAUGGAGUGUGGAGGAGAUAACACACUCUCUCCAGCUGAAGCUUAUGAAGAAUCUAAGAAACACAUAGAAACAUCCAUACAGAUGUUCAAAGAGAUUGGAGACCUCGGUAAAGAAGCAGAAGCUAGUAUGACCAAGGCUAUCCUAUUUGAACGUGGAAGCGAAGAACAGAAAGAGUGGUACCAAAUAGCCCUUGAACAGUGUCAGCAAGCCUUUGGAGAGAACUGCAAACUCAUGACAAGGAUCGUCAGCAAUACGGGUAUUUACUACGAAGACAUCCAAGACUACCAUACAGCUUAUGACUACUUCGUCAAAUGGCAUCAGCUCUGUAUUGAGGUGUUUGGGGAGGGUCACCCACGCACAAUCUCAUCAACCAGCUGUCUGAAUGAACCCCGCUACGUACAGAUUGCAAAUACCAAGGCUGUCACGGAUCAACUACAGGACACAAACAUUGAGGAUGAACACCAUCAGGAAGGUGACGAUGAUGACGAUGAUGAAUAUUAGGAUGACCUCCAGGCUAGUAGGGUAAACAAAUCAGAUUUCAGUUUAUUUUAA